GGUUUUGGAGAAGUAGUUUUUCAGCUACAUUUUAUAUUCACAUCUCCAACAUAUAUAUAUAUAUAUAUAUACAAACAAAAAAUUUCAAGUAGAAUCUAUUGGCGGAUUUCACUAGAUAGGAUUCUAGUUUGAGGAAAUUUUUUAAUUUGUUCAUUCAUCUUUUUUGUGUAACUGUUCUCAAGAGGAGGGUUGUAAUCAGAAGCUGACUGAUUGUUGAAGACCCAGAGGGCCUGUUCAACCAGAUUAUAUAGUAUUGCAGUUGAUAGACAUGCCUACGUAGCCAACUGUUAUCGGCUUGAUAGUAGUGGGAUUACGUGGGACGUGCACUUUCGACGCUCUUUUCAGGAUUGGGAGGUGGGCGAGACUAUCUAGCGUUCUAUGGCUCCAACUACGGUGGCAUUCUUUGUUUGGACCGCUAAAUGGGGUAAGAUCCCGACGAUUGAUAAUCUAAGGAAAAGGGGCAACUGUUUUGUUAACUGGUGUUGACUUUGCAAACAAGAUGGCUCGUCAAUAUUUUUGGCUUACUCUAUCGAUGAUCUUGUAUUGGUAAUCACUCAAGUUACUUAUUCCAAAAUGAACAACCCAUGUGGCGGAGAUCAAGAUGGAGCAACUGUAGCAGGAUUUGAAGUUCCAAAUUCUCCUGAUGCAAGUUACAAUAACGCGUACCCUGGGAAUGAAGAUGAGGCGCGGGACCCACCUAUGGUGCCUCCACACCUGCAACACACACUGCUUAGUCAACCAACAAACGGAGAUUCUUCUGGGUCCCUUCCAUUGCCACAGAACGUCAUUCUCAAUCAUCUUUAUAUUGAGAACAGGGAAAAUCCACGACCUGUAGUGGCACUUGGGAUCACUCAUCGUUUCCGUUCAAAAUUUGUCACUGUUGUGCUUUACAAACCUGUUCAAAGAAGGUGAAGUACCAGAACUUUAAUAUUCUCAUGUUACAGUCCUUCAUUUGAGUUGCUUGUUUGUUCUUCUUAUGUUGGAAUGGUUAUCAUAAAACCCAAAUCAGAAUUAGCAGUGAAGAAUAUGUAUGCCCUUAGCUGCUGGUGAAUGUUGGAUCGUUUUAUUCAAAGUUAUCACUUGAAUCAUCAAGGGUUACAUGUUUCUAUACAGUAAGGGUUUUGUUUAUCUUCA